AUGAGUGCAGCCCUGCAGGUGACAGCAUUUGGCCUCGUUCUUCUCUCAACACUCUUCCUACUCCUGGCCACAUGCACAGACUGCUGGAUGGUCAAUGCUGAUGACAGCUUGGAGGUGAGCAGAGAAAGCACCUGGAAGGUGAGCAGAGUAGCCACCUUUAAGAUGAGCACAGCAAUCAUCAUCCUCAAGGUAAGUCACAAAUGCCGAGGCCUUUGGAGAGAGUGUGUCACCAACAUGCAGGAUGGGGUCAGGACCUGCGACCAGUAUGACUCCAUUCUGGCUGACCACCCAGUGAAGAUCGUGGUGACACGGACCCUGAUGAUCACAGCAGAUCUCCUGGCUGGCCUGGCUUUGGUUGCACUAGUCCUUGGGCUCGACUGCAUCACGUUCUUCAAGGAAGAUCCUUGUGUGAAACUGAAGAUGUGCUAUGGAGCUGGAGCGAUGCUCGGUGCUGGGAGCAUCCUGGGGCUCAUAGGCUCCGUGUGGUACGCAGUGGACGUCUACGUGGAGAGGGCCAUGCUGGUGUCACACAAUAUAUUCCUGGGAGUCCACUAUGACUUUGGGUGGUCGUGCUGGCUGGGAAUGGCUGGCUCUGCUGGUUGCUUUGUGGCAUCUGUCCUGCUGACCUGCUGCCUCUAUGCCUGCACAGCCCCCAGCAGCCACUGUCAACCCCAGAGGCAUCCCCAGCCCCAGGGCCGAACAGCCACCAGCAAGAUGUAUGCCAUGGAUUCCCGUGUGUGA